AUGUGUGAGGAAAGCAACUCAGAGACAGAUCUUUGUAGAGCUGAAGAAGUUGAAAAGACAAGCAUCAAGAACACAAACAUUGAGAAGUUUUCCGAGAAUGAGGACGUAGACGAUCCAGACUAUGUGCCAGAGACCACCGAUUCAGAGGAUGAUGUACCGCAGACCACCAAUUCAGAGGAUGAUGUACCGCAGACUACCAAUUCAGAGGAUGAUGUACCGCAGACCACCAAUUCAGAGGAUGAUGUACCGCAGACCACCAAUUCAGAGGAUGAUGUACCGCAGACUACCAAUUCAGAGGAUGAUGUUCUGCAGACCACCAAUUCAGAGGAUGAUGUACCGCAGACCACCAAUUCAGAGGAUGAUGUACCGCAGACCACCAAUUCAGAGGAUGAUGUACUGCAGACUACCAAUUCAGAGGAUGAUGUACCGCAGACCACCAAUUCAGAGGAUGAUGUACCGCAGACCACCGAUUCAGAGGAUGAUGUACCGCAGACUACCAAUUCAGAGGAUGAUGUACCGCAGACUACCAAUUCAGAGGAUGAUGUACCACAGACUUCCAAUUCAGAGGAUGAUGUACCGCAGACUACCAAUUCAGAGGAUGAUGUUCCGCAGACUACCAAUUCACAGGAUGAUGUACCGCAGACUACCAAUUCAGAGGAUGAUGUACCGCAGACUACCAAUUCAGAGGAUGAUGUACCGCAGACCACCGAUUCAGAGGAUGAUGUACCGCAGACUACCAAUUCAGAGGAUGAUGUACCGCAGACUACCAAUUCAGAGGAUGAUGUACCGCAGACCACCAAUUCAGAGGAUGAUGUACCGCAGACCACCAAUUCACAGGAUGAUGCGCCUGCUGUUUUACCAGGAAUGCCAGUUGUGUUCAUGACCAAGAGAGGAAAAGAAUGGAUGUAG